GCCCGGUCGGUGACUGCGGGGCCGGUCACUACAAGAGUCAAAUACUAAUAGAUUGUAAUUCAUCGUUGCUCUUGAAACUAUUGUGAGCGUGGAGGCAGAGCACAGCCAGCCGAAUAUACUCAAUACAAUUUCAAUUGAUAUGUCUUGAGUCUUGACCAUUGCGUGCGAACGCUCCACAGUGAGAGGGAAGGAUGCGAACAUACUCAAGCACCAGCAGGCUGAAGAAGGUUAGACCAGCCUCUUCCACUCUCUCUUCUCUCUCUCUCUCUCUCUCUCUCUCUCUCUCUCUCGCCCCUCUCUUCCCUUUUCCCUUUCUCUGCCUUUUUCUUUUCCUAACCUGGGGUUUUAUUUACCUUUUCUCUUUUUUUUUCCGCAGAUUUAAUUGUUUUUUUCUUUCCCCCUUCUCUCUUUUCGCCCCUCGUCAGGCCCCCCUUGCCCCUCCAACAAGGAUGCACCGACAUUUGAAUGCCACGGAGGAUCAGUGCCGACAUGAUUCGUUAUGAACUUCAACAUUCAGGGCCGAGAAUCAAUAUAUCGAUCAUCCUGGUUCCUGUUGCAUUAUUGACAAACCCUUAGCUUCUUGUCUGUUCGU